UCUAUGACAGCUGGCCUUAGCUGUCAUACUGAUUUCUAUAUUUUCUUGGAUUUUAGUGUAUAAAGGUUCCUGAUUAAAAAUUUGCAUGAUCCAGUUUGAACUGUUGACAGGUUAUUGUGCUGAAUGGACACACAUGGGUUACACACCCACUUCCUCAUAGUGCAGAGCUUCCUUAGAAUUUCUCCUGUGUCUGAUCAUUUUAGUGGGUUUGUAAAAUAACUUCUUGCAGAACAAGAUAAUGUGGUUUAUGUGUGAACACUCCCUCUGUCCCCCACUUCAACUAUAUAAAAUGCUGUGAGUUUGACGUCUUGUACUUCACUUCUUCGCCUUCGCUGUGGUCUGACUGGGGAGAGACAUUCAAGCCUAAUCAUGAGCAAGAACUUCUUGUCUAGAAAUGAAGAGCUCCGUGAUGGAGACUACCUGCUGUCCAACAAUGGGCAGUAUAAAGCAAUUUUCCAGGAUGAUGGUAACUUUGUCAUCUAUACUUGGAAACCCGUGUGGGCUUCAAACACUGAUGGAUCAGAUGCUUACCGUCUGUGCAUGCAAGGUGACUGCAACCUGGUCCUGUACAAUGGGUACGGGCAGCCCAGGUGGGCCACAAACACCGACUGUUUCAACUGUAAAGUGUGUCAUCUUCAACUGACCGAUGACGGCGCACUGGUGGUGCAGAAGGGAGCAGAAACUGUAUGGAGCUCUGAAACAUCCAAAGGCAGGAAGUGAUGGUUUAACCUGAUGGUCCAAAGCUUUUGAAUACGAAUCAUCUGUUUCUGACGGUUA